CUACACGUACAUACCGGAGAAGCCUAAACCGAUGGACAACACUUACAGACAAGUCACGACGUCAUACACGACAUUCGGCCUGCGUUAUAUCGUUUUUUUUAACAUCCAAAUGUAAUCAGCAUUAAAUCCUCGUUAGCGCCAAAUGCGAAUAAGUACUCGCACAAUGUGUUCGUGUGUAUCAGUAAUCGAUUGAAAUUGUCGUAAGUACCAAGCUAUUAUACCGACAGAUAUAAAUAGAAUUGGGGAGGGCUUAUCGUCGUGGUGGCUAUCUGUUCUCAAUGCCCGUGCCCGCAGUCUCUGUGUGUACGUAUCUGCCUGAGGUGUAUGAGAUCACGAUUCAAGCAUUAUGACGGAUUCACUGCGACACUCAAAGUCGGAUCCUUUGGUUUACUGCAAAUGCUUGAGAAAGAACGCGCCCUAGAUAUGUACGGGCCGUCGCUGGCGAUGUUUUGUGCAGUGAAAAGUGUAUAAUCUCAUUAAAUUUUAAAACUUAAACUUUAUACUGUUGAUUUUUGUAACGUAAGGCGUGUUUAUUCUGUGCCAGCGGUAGUAGAUAUAUAUUUUUUGUAUUCAUCAAAGUGUCAAAUCCAACGUCAACCAUGAAGAAACAAUUCUUCAGAGUUAAACAGCUAGCUGAUCAGACCUUCUCCAGGGCUGGAAAGACAGAAGUACUCACUGACGAUCUGCAGGCAGCGGACAAGCACGUUGAGCUGAUAAGGAAUGCGCUGACUGGACUCAGCAAACGUCUGGGUACACCGCCCAGUGCGGCACUAGCCCAAGACACAUCGCUCAAGGAAAAACGCCUGAAAAAAUGUCCAGAGUAUGUUCUUGGACAAACAAUGAUGGACUGUGCAACUGACGACGGUUUGAUGAGUUACACAUUAGCUGUUUGUGGUCGUGCUCAAGUUUUACUUGCCACUGAAACAGUCGAUCAUGAGGCCAAAGUCGAGCAGUACGUCGCUGCACCUCUUCAACAUAUUUUGGAGACUGAUGUACCGAAUAUCAUAAAACACAAGAGAAAUUUAGCACGUUUGAUACUAGACAUGGACAGUGCAAGAACGCGAUAUCAUCAAGCGAGUAAACACAGUGCUGGAGGUACAGCUGCAACUAAGAUUGAUAAUUUGAGGGAAGAAUUGGAGGAGGCUGAGACGAAAGUUGAACAGUGUCGUGAUCAAUUGGCUGCUGAGAUGUUCCAGCUUAUGUCGAGGGAGACGGAGCUUGCUCAGAGAAUAAUUCAGUAUGUCAAGCUUCAGCGAGCUUAUCACGAAAGUGCCUUAUUCUGUCUCGAGGAUCUUAUUCCGGGAUUAGAAAGCUACAUCAAUGACAACGAGAUGAAGCCAGUGUAUGGUCAUCCCUUGGAGGAGCAUCUUCGAGUGACAAAUCGUAAAAUAGCACUUCCAAUUCAACUCUGUGUAUCAGCACUUCUCAGGCUUGGUAUGGAGGAGGAAGGUCUAUUUAGAAUAGCCGGUGGUGCAUCUAAAUUACGAAGAAUUAAACUCAGUUUAGACGCAUGUUGUCUCACGUUACCAACGGCAUUGGAGUACAAAGAUCCACAUGUUAUUGCUGGAGCACUUAAGUCAUAUCUACGUGAAUUACCUGAGCCCCUUCUUACCUACAAGUUAUAUCCAGAGUGGAUGGCAGCUGCUAAAAUAACGCAGAGUGAUGUCAGGUUGAGAGCACUGUGGGAAGUACUUCAUAAAUUACCACCUGCUAAUCUGGAGAAUUUGAGGUUUUUGAUCAAAUUUUUGGCAGUGCUUACAAGGAAUAGUGACGUCAAUAAGAUGUCACCACAGAAUAUCGCCAUUGUCAUUGCACCCAAUUUGAUAUGGAGCCCUCAGGAAGAUGUUAAUACCAUGGUAAUGAAUAUGAGUACCGCAAAUAACUCUAGUCUAAUAGUCGAUCAAUUAAUAACAUACGCGGACUGGUUCUUCUCCGGGGAGAUAGACUUUGAUCGCGAUUUGGACGUGGGCAUUGUGAAUGGCAAUGAGCCCCAGGUAAUUGGCAUGCGAAGAUGCAUAUCAAAUAGCAGUCUGAGUGACCACGGUGAAAGUCCACCCCAGGGUAGUCCAAAGCCAGCAACAAGGCGAAAAAAUAAGCCAGCUCCAACGCCCCCAAAUGCUACUCCAGACAAGAACGAAAAGAGAAUGGAUGAUAAGCCUCCUCCAGCCCCUGACAAGCCUCCAAGACCCUUAACAACAGCAACAUUGAAUCGUCACACCUAUAAGGCUCAAAAACACGAAGUGAAUACUGAACUUACGACUCAUCAUCACGAGCCAAAGGCCGAGAAGAGCGACAAAAUUGAAAAAAUUGAGAAGCUGGAGAAGAGUACAGAGUUGGAAGGAAAACCCCUGGGUUUUGAGGCUAUAACUAAUGACACUCACCCCCCUGAGAAUAGUGAGAAGAUCGAGACACCAAAGUUGGACAAUAACGUGGAGAUAAAACGUAAGAACUCGGAUUCAUCAGACACAAAACGUAAAAAUUCGGAUUCAACAGCCCCUAUUGGUUUCGAAAGUAUCACUAUGCGGGGCAACUCCAGUACAGCUCAAUUCAGAAUUUCUGACCCGGAGAAUGGCGAUAUGCAUAAGUCAAAGCCAGUACCAGCCGAAAAACCAUCACCCUCGACUUUAGAAAGGAAAAGGGUUCCCGUUGCAGCUCCGAGGACUACCUUGGUGAAUGCAGCGCAUCAGAAUUGCGGCAUACCAGAUGACACAGUCGAAUUAAGAAAAAAAAGUGAUCCAGCCCCUGUGGAGAGAAACAGCAAACCGGCGAUUCCAGAACGACCUGCAGGACUCGCUAGACCUUCCAGUCUUAUCAGGCCUCACAUACGCCAGAGCAAUGAAAAUCUAGACGUCGACGUUGGACCCUUAACACUGGAGAGAGCACACGUGUACUCAGUGGAUAAACAGCAGGUCAGUAUAAUACAAGUGCGUGGAAAUUACUCCACGAAACCUACGUUCGAGAGCAAUGGAAACAGCGCUUCCAACUUGCAGAGAAGUCCAAGUGUGGGGAGUCGUCCAACCUCAAUGUCCCUGAGUGGUGAGCGUCCAGAGAAACCACCCAGGCCUGAUAUGCCCGAGCAAAACAAGUCCCAUGCCAGAACUAGGUCAGAGGGAAACAUCAUCGAUGUCCAGACACAAACUCAGACUGUCAUUGUUCCUAAGUCACCCCAGCAAAUUCAAACUGGUGAAAAAUCACCGAGGUUUCAUCAGCGACCACCACGGCCUCAACCACCACCACCACCGCCGCCAACAAAUCGACCUAAAUCCGAUCACGAAAGUACUAAUUUAUAGAGUAGAUAGGUAGAGUUUGAAAACCAUAUCGAUUUUUUCAACUUUUGAUUUUGAGUGACGGGUUUAAAUGAUGUUCGACAUUUAAUGAAGAGAAAAUUUCUUGGAAAGUUACAGGAUUAUUUUAGAGGAAAAACUCCCUGACACAAAACAUGACACAUAAGAAGAAAUUGAAAUUCAUGUAAACUAUAUAUGUAAAUAAUUUUAAAAGGAGAAAAAUAUCAAAAGACAUUAGCUUUUGCCUGUAAAUUUUCAGAGUUUCUCCAAUUUUUCAUCAGUUCUCUGCAGAAUUAAACUCUAAAAUUAUUAAUUUCUCAACUUCCAACAGGGCUGUAACAUUUUCAUGAAAUUUAUCUCUAUAUUGUCUAUGGCUUCCUCACUGAAUCAGGAAUUUUAAGUCAUUGAUGUCCGAAAAUGCUUGCUGAGACAUUUUUACCUCUGAAAUAGCGAUUUUUAUACAUAUUUUCUGAAACAGAAGUUUGAGAAACUCAUUCAAUGCUUUUAAGACGAGAAAAUCACUUGUAAGUGCUCCUAAUCUCUCAAGCAUAUAAUAAGCAGUAUGGACUUCAACGCACAAAUCUCGAGUUGUGUCGAGCUGUUUUUUAUUCAGCCGAGUAGGAAAAAUGUGAAUUUUCCGAGUUGAUUAUUUUUAAUUUUGAUGAUUUAUUGCUUACUGGUGAGUCGACUGUGAUUUAAAAAAAAACGACGAUAGAUCGAAUGACAUUCAUCAUGAUUUUUCUUCUCUCAUAAUGAUACAGAGAGUGGAAACAAGCAGCUAGUUAUAUUGAUUCAGGAAAAUUAACUUUAUGAAAUACUCUUUUUUUCUUCACUUAUUGAUUAUAUUUCGUUGGCAUUGCUUAGAGUUUUUACCCCCUCUCAGGGUUGGGCGUGUAAAUUACGUUGGUAAAUUACACAGUUUUUUACCGACGUAAUUUACGUAAAUUACCUCGACCGGUUUUUUCCAUGUUUUACAUUGCUUCGAAAAGCUUGCAAAUUUCGGUUACUAGAAUGUUUUAUGUUAUUUCGACUGACGAAGACGCAGUAUUGCACAUAUAAAUAUUAUAAAAAAUAGUAUAUUAUGUCCCGAGGACAGAUAAACUGCAAAUUUUAACUACACUUUAUUCGGUUAGAACGCGGAUCUCAGUAUUUGGGGCAUAAAAUACUAUUACAUCACGUGAUAUGAUUUACGGCAUUUCAAGAUACUCAAAAACAUGAGCCUCAUACCUCACAAAGAGUAAAUUUCACGAGCACCCAAUGUUGCAAAAGACCACAGCCACAAGUCAUCUCCAUUGUGAGAAAGUCAAUCUCAUUAUUUAUUGAGCUUUAUUGGAUUCCCCACUUUAUUACUUGGAGCCCGGGAAAAGCCCAGUUGGACCUGAACAAAAAUCAUUUUGUUCUGAAGAGUUCAAAAAAACGACCAAAGACAAUUGAAUUAGCUUUGUCAUUCACGAAUGCUGAAUGAAACAAGUCAAUGUCAAGACAAAAGAUGAUGACGCGGCGAAUUAAAUAGAAAUCAAUAAAUAAUGAGUUUGACCCUCGAGAUGUAUGAACCUCCUGACUUUUAUCUCCCUCGCGAGGAAUAAUCCUCGCGUAGCUUCACGAUUUACGAUAACAGGUAACUCCGGCUAGUUUUUAAGAUUUUUUUCAUUUAUUACGUAAAUUACGGGUUUUUUUUACAAUGUCAUGUAAAAAACUGCGUUUAUCGACGGAUGCCCAACUCUGCCCCCUUACAUGUUUAAACUAAUCUCGUUAUUUUACGUGACUAUUUGAUGUUUUCUUUAAUAAUUCACCUACUCGGCGAAUUGAGUGAAAUUUUAGUAAUGAUAAUUGGGCAACAUGGAAAAAUAUUUUUUAAAUUAAGAGUUAUUAGUUUAUUGAAGAUUUAUUACAAAAGAGAAAACUUUAAAAAAGACAAUCGUGGUCAAUUCGAAAUCGUCCGUGGACUAAGAAAUUUUCAUCGGAGCACGCAUUUACCUAAGGAGACCUUAGGCUGUGAGUAUAUUGGAGUAUUAAAGGAUUUAUUUGUUUAUAAAUGAAAUAAAAAAACAAAAGUAAAAAAUGAAA